AUGCAUAUUACUUAUUAUUAUCAAACUUCAAUAAAUAAAACUUAUUUUCAUUGGAUACAAUAGAAUGAGCUGAAGCGUCUCUUUAUUCUAUAGUUUAAAUAUAAUUUUUCUGCAUUUCCUUGGAAUCUUUGGUUUUGCCUUAGGAAUACAGUUAUCUCAGGUAUAUUUCUUAGAUUAAAUCAAAGAAAGUUUUAGCAAUUGAUCCAAUCAAAUGCAUAUUAUAAUAAAGGUGGUUUUUGCAUUGAGUUCUAGUAAUUAAUAUUUUUUAAAUUAGGAUUCCCCAUUUAAAUAUUGCAAGGAAGGCAACAUAUUAAAUGAAAAGAAAAUGCAUGUAAUAAUAAAGGUACACAUUUUGAUUAAUCAUAGGUUAAAUUUGAACUGA